GAUGGCUGUUCGACAUAAAACCCUAACUAUUUCUACCAGCGACAAGCAAUGCCCGAUCGCUCCGCGUAAUCUAACCAUGCCCCUCGCCCUUGACCCUUCAAACCCCGCUAUCCACCCGAUUUAUGCUCUCCCGCAAUCUCUCACGGCCCUCUGCUGCCAGGAAGCUCCGCCGAGCCCUCUCCUCCGCCCCUGCCGCUGGCCGAGGCGGAUGCGACUCCGAUGGAAACGAAAGCGACUUCGACGCCAGCGCAAGCGACUCCGGCCCGCCCCUCGCCGACGAGAUCUUCCGCUCCGCCCGACGCACCGGCGGCUACACCCAGGGCGAUGCCACAUACCUCGCCCUCGCCCGUGCCUAUGCCGACCGCGAGCCCCCGAACCUCCCCGCCCUCCGCGACCUCCUCGCCCGAAUGCGCCGCGAGCGGCCCCGGCCCUUCUCCGAGCGCGUCUUCAUCCCCAUCCUCCGCGCCCUGGGACGCGCCGGCCGCCCCCUCGCUGCCGUCCGUCUCUUCCACCGCCUGCUCCCCUCUUUCGGCUGCUCUCCCUCCGCUCGCUCCCUCAACUCAGCUCUCUCCGCGCUCCUCUCCGCCCCCGGCGGCCACCACGACCACCGCCUCGCACUUUCCUUCUUCUCCUCCGCUGUCCGUCGCCACCCCUCCCUUGCUCCCAACCUCCUUACCUUCAAUCUCCUCCUCAAGUCCCUCUGCCGCUCCGGCGACCUCCCCGGCGCCAUUCACCUCCUCCGCCACCUUCCACUCCGUGGCCUCCGCCCCGACGCCUACUCCUACUCCACCCUCAUCGCUGCCCUUGCCGCCGCCGGCCACCUCACCGACGCCCUCGCCCUUCUCGACGAGAUGCUCCUCGACGGUGUCCCCCCCGCCGCCCCGGCCUUCAACGCCGUCAUCGCUGCCCUCUGCCGCUCUGGCGACCUUCCCCGCGCCACAAACCUUGUCCGCUACAUGCUCCUCAAGGGCUGCCCCCCGUCCCUCCCCACCUACAACACCGUCCUCCACGCACUCUGCCGUCAUGGCCGCCUCGCCGCCGCCUUCCGCCUUCUCGAUCGCAUGGCCCGCGACGGCCUCGCCCCCAACGAGGUCACCUGCGGCGCCAUCGUCCACGGCCUCGUCGAGAUCGGUCGCCCGUCCGACGCCCACCAAGUGGCCGAGCAGAUGGAGCAGCGGGGCGUCCGCCCCAACGAAUUCGUCUACUCCGCCCUCGUCACCGGCUUCUUCCGCUGCGGCGACGUGGACCAGGCGGCGAGGGUGUGGGAGGCGAUGGCGUCCAAGGGGGUGCGGCCCAACGCGGUCCUCUUCACCGCCCUCAUCGACGGCCUCUGCCGCCACGGCCGCAUGGAGGCCGCAGAGGAGGCGUUCGCCAAAAUGACCGUGGAGGGCUGCGCCCCGAACGUGGUGACCUUCAGCGCCAUGAUGAGGGGCCACUUCAAGUCCGGCAACGUCGAGCGGGCGCUGGAGACUUGGAAGAAGAUGGUGGGGUGCGGCUGCGAGCCCAACGCCAUCAGCUACAGCGUGCUCAUCAACGGCCUGUGCGAAGCCGGGAGGCUCAAGGACGGGAUGAUGGUGUGGAAGCAUAUGCUGGGCCGCGGGUGCGCCCCGGACGUGGUCGCCUACACCUCCAUGAUCAAGGGGCUGUGCGGGGCUGGGAUGGCCGACGGAGGGAUGAGGUUGCUCAACGACAUGCUCGCCGGCGGGGACGCAGACCCGGACGCCGUCACCUACAACGUUCUGUUCGACGGGCUGCUGAAGGAGGGCAACGUGGGCUGGGCCAUGGACUUGUUGGGCCGGAUGUUGGAUCGCGGGUGCGACCCGGAUCCGGUGACGUGCGACAUAUUUCUGAAAGCCCUCCUGGGGGAGGGAGGGGAGGACGGGGGAAAGGGGAGGGAGUUUAUGGAUGGGCUAGUGGUGAGGCUGAUUAAGAGGGGGAGAGUGGGCGGCGCUGGGAAAAUGGUGGUGGUGAUGCUGGGCAAGUUUUUGGUGCCGGAGAUGGCCACAUGGGAUCUGGUGCUGAGAGGGGUUUUCAAGAGGAAAAAGGUGGUGGACGGGAUUGGCAAGUGUUGGGAAGAGAUGUGGAAGAUGUGAUGAUCAUGUCGUGUACAAGCAGAUUCUUUAUUUGACAUGCUUAUAAAACCGUGAUGGAAUUGGUCGAUUGGAUCCGAAAAUGAGAAUUAGAUCCUCGAUCGAUUUCAAAUAUCUUCGACUCUUUUUUUUACUAUUAAAAAUAUUUUAACCGUGUGAAUGUUAUUUUUUUAUUAUAAGGAUUACGAGAAGGAAAA